GUGAGCACUCAAAAAAAACAAAGCUCAAUAGUGACCGUUAUUGGUGGAUAUGAGCAGAGAUCUCUGCCCUGUUACACUGUAAGUGAGGACAUUGUACAAAACCGUCCAUCAGCAACAGAAACAACUUCUGCCUCAUCAAAAGCACAGGUUGAGUGCCAGAAACAACAUGGAGAUGUGGAGAAACCAAAACAGAUUUCCUACAGACCAGCAAGACGUACAUCCUCUCAAUUAGCUAAGGGCUGUAGUCAAACAGAAAAAUGUCUGAAUAAAACAGCAAAGGUCAAGGAGCACUUGAAGCCGGUUGACAGUAUCCCUAAAGAUUCUGAAGACACCUCAGACCGCUGGGCGAAGAAACGCAAGAUGUUCAAGGAGAGCAGACAGUGGGGUUCUGCAGAAGAGAGCUCCAUGACUAGCAACAUCACUGAUGAAUCAGACACAAUGUACUCUGAGGACACCCGCUCAGUUGACAUGUCCCUCCGAGACAUUGAAGACAGAGGUUUUUACACAGAGACGUUUCACUCAGCGUCCUGGAUUUAUCGAGGAGAUGGCGGCAAUCCAAAUGAAACUAUUCAGUGCCUUAGUAAACGCCCUCGACCGGUAGCAAUCCGUGAACGGACUGUAAAAAUCAGCAAAGGAUCGGGAGAAUAUCCGUGGGGGUUCCGAAUUCAAUACUCCAAACCAAUUAUCGUGACAGAAGUUGACACAAAUGGAGCAGCAGAAGAGGCAGGGUUAAAAGUUGGAGACCAUGUGCUGGCGGUUAAUGGUACUGACGUCACAGGUGUGCCACAUUCAGAGGCAGUCGACCUCGCUCGGCAAGGCCCUGACCUCCUGAUUCUAACCAUUGGCUCGGAUAUCGGACGAACCCCGAACACACCAAAGCCAGCAUGUCGAGGCUACUUGCACAAACGCACCCAGUCCAGUUUCCUCAGAGGCUGGAGAAAGAGGUGGUUUGUGCUUAGACAUGAUUGCUGCCUCUACUAUUACAGAAACAAAAGAGAUGAAGGAAAAAGCCAUGCUUUGGCAGUCAUGCGGCUGGAAGGUGCAGUGGUGGAGGCUGAUACCAGUUUAGGGAAGCCCUUUGUGUUCAGAUGUUCUCCUGCUUCUGGAAGUCGGGUUUACUACUUCUGCGCUACGUCAAAUCAUGAAAUGCGAAGAUGGUUGGAGGUUUUGGAACGAGCAGUUCACCCCAUUACUCAGAUUCACGUGUGGGUGGACGUGACACGCCACAACUCCAACGUGCCUCCUCUGGCUGUGAAGGACCCCGAGUGCCUCGGUCUUCUAAACUUGCUGGACAGAAACAAGGACUCGUGGGUGCAGCACUACUGCAUCUUAAAGGACGGAUGCCUUUACUUCUACGCCAGCAUACGAUCAACUUAUGCAAUUGGUGGGAUUUACUUGCAUGGUUACACAGUGCGGGAACAACCUCUAGGAUUCAGGAGGUCCACCAUUGAGCUCAAACCCCCAUCGGAAGAGUUCAAAGUGUUCUACCUCUGCACUGAAAACGUCAACGAGAACAAACGGUGGAUUCGGGCGAUAAAGACAUCUAUAGGAAAAUGGCUUCCUUUGCAUCAGGCACUUCAAGACUACAUGAGUCGACCUCCUGAGGAAACCAAAAUGUGAAUCAGAAUUCAUCAGCUGGUGGGCAAGAUGAGCAACCACUCAUUACCAGAAUGUUCUAUGGCCAAUUAUCCAAAUUAUAACUUUUUGCUGCAAAUGUAUUUGCUGGACACUGUUUUUGUUCUGGCAGGCGCCACUAGAGGGAGCUACAGCCCGCAUCGUCCCAUCUGUGCUCAUUAAUUACUGAACGCAAGUUUGAAACCUAUAAAAUAGAGGGUAUUUGGGGUUUCUUUCUUUGACAAGUUACAUGGUAUGUUUCCAAAGAAAGGUCUUUUGUAAUUUUGUGAGUUUAUUGAUCAUUUCUUAAAUCUGCUAUAUAUUUCUGCAUUUGUACACUACAUGGGCAAAGUUUGUUCUGACCAUCACACCUAUUUUCUGCACCAUCCCUGAGAUUUUUGUUGUAUAAGACUUUAUUUUUUGCAUCAACAAGAUUUCCACUUCCUAAAACUAAGAGGUCAAAAAUCUGUUCCAACAUGAAGAUUCACAAAUAUGUGGUCUACAAAAUCUAGUUGAAAGCCUUCCCAGAAGAGUGGAGGUUAUACUAACAGUAAAAGGAGGGAUAACUCUGUAAAGGAACAUUCACAAUUAUAUGUGAAUAUGAUGGAGAGGUGUCCAUAAACUUUUUACCACAUAGUGCAUCAGUUUGUUAUAAUCAUGAAUGGAGAAUAUACAUUAAUUCAGUAGGGUGAAUCUUUUGUUUUUUUCGCUUGUUAAUGGCAGUGGGUUGUUUACUAUUAGUAGUGUCUGUGUGUGUUUGUUUUUUCAUCAAUAGCUAUGGUUUUAUAGAGUUAGACAUUAUUGUAGAAUACACUGUU